AUGGCGUCCCCGCCUCACAAUAACCAAGAUGGCAAUACCGCGUUCAACAACUCCGGAAAUGGAGACAACACUAUCAUCAAUUAUGAGUCAAGCCCUGUAACAACGUUGGCAACUACUCUCAUGAACCUGCUAGACAAGGCCCGACGCGGGAAAGGAUCCACUAGCGAAGGACAACAAGGUUGCACAUUCGAAAGAUUUCGUCGGCAGCAACCCCCUACCUUUGAAGGAAAUGCGGGUGCAGAAGUUGCAGAAAACUGGUUUCUGCAAACAGAAAAGCUGCUAAAGGUGAUGGACUGCGCCGAUAAUAAGAUGGUUGGGUAUGCUACUUACCUCCUAAGUGAUCAAGCAAAUCGGUGGUGGGAAACCAAGGAGGCACAAGUACGAAGCCGGCUAGUACUAAAGGAAGAGGAUCCCAUUCCCUGGGAAGAAUUCAAGAAAGAAUUUUAUGAACGAUUCUUUCCUCAGACAGUUCGACAAGCCAGGGCCCAAGAAUUUACGGACCUAGUUCAAGGGUCAAUGACGGUAGAGAGAUAUGCUGCCAAAUUCAUCGAACUAUCACGAUUUGCCCCUUAUCUCGUGUCAACUGGAGAGCUAGAAGCGAGGAAGUUUGAAAGAGGACUGCAACCACGCAUUAUGAACCUUGUGGUAGGAUUCCAGAUUGGAAACUUAUCAGACCUCAUCAACAAAGCUGCAAUAAUCGAGCAAACCCAGAAUGCAAAUUCAGGGUAUUCCAACCAAAAUGCAAAUUCGGGGUAUCUCCACCAGAGGAAGAGAAAUGUUCCACAAUGGAACCACUCAGGAGAGCAACCCAGUAAGAAGCAAUUUCACCAAACCCCACAAAGAAAUUUUACACCACAACAACCCUGUCAACCCGGAAAUGGUGGUCACCGUGCACCAUGUCAGAAAUGUGGAAAGCCUCAUGCCGGGAACUGUCUGUUUGGGCAGCUGGUAUGUUACAGAUGCGGGAAACCUGGACAUAUCCUAAGGGAUUGCAAGGUCCCUCCCAACAACCUAAGCGGUCAGAAACGCCUUGACGAACAGAAGAACCAUGCAACUGCUCGUGUUUAUGCUCUAACGCCUGGUGAUGCUUCAGCGUCCAAUGAAGUGGUGGCAGAACAAGUAACCUAA